GAACAACGAGCAGCACCUGAAGGCAGCAGCGGCUAAAACUCGCGGAGGAAACAGGUGAACAUGAACGCUGGAAAGAGUCCAGUACUGAAAAUAAUCCUCAUAGGAAACUCCGGGGUGGGAAAAUCCUCCUUCAUGAACAGAUAUGUGACUCACCAUUUCACCAAUGCCUACCGGGCCACUAUAGGGACAGACUUCUUCUCAAAAACAGUCAACAUAGACGGGGACUUUGUCAUCCUGCAGAUUUGGGACACAGCGGGUACAGAGAGGUUCCAGUCUCUGGGCACACCUUUGUACAGAGGAGCCCACUGCUGCAUGCUGGUGUUUGAUGUCACAUCCAGAGAUAGUUUCUCUGCACUGGAGGGGUGGAGGAAUGAAUUUCUGAUCCAGGGCGAGCCUCAGGAGCCAUCUGAAUUCCCCUUUAUUGUGCUGGGCAACAAGACUGACCUAAGCAACAGGGAGGUGUCUCACAGGCUGGCCAUGCAGUGGUGUGAGGACAUAGGAGCUGAAUACUUUGAAGGAAGUGCCAAACAGGAUCUAGAUGUGGAGAAGCCGUUCCUGAGAGCAGCUCAGAGAGGUUUGCAACAGUACAAAAAACACACAUUGGAAAAUACAGGACAUUUCCAGAUAACCUGCAAACAGCCGAGAGAAACUCGCAACACCUGUGAGUGCUAGGAGCAGCACUCGUCCCAGUGUGGGAGGGAAAGUUCAGAGAGACCCCGGCACUGACUGCUGAUGAUGACCUAUCCAACAAGGGUGCAAAAAUAGUGACCCAGCAAAGGUACUGUGGAAGGAAAGGACACAAUUUUAUACCACAUGGAGAGAGGAACAAACUCAUUAAAUGUUUUUUUCUUUUUUGAGAACCUUCAGCUUAUGGUCUAACUUAAGGCAUCACUACUAAAAUACACUGCUUUUGCAUGCAUGUCUAGUUUUGUUCAACAGACACACUGACACGCACAAAAAUUAUGAAUGCAUAUGAAGAGAAAGUUAUUUUCUAGAAAGGAAUUGGGGGGGGGGGGGGGGGAACCACAAACAAAAACCAAGGUGCCGGCCAGAGAAAAGGUGGCAAGCGAAAACCUUGGCUCUGAUCGUCCUGGCUGUUUCCAUCACAACUGAAUCUGCCCUAACAAAGUAGAUUUACACUCAUAUCCAGUCAGAAACAUCCUCCCUGUACACGGUUGUAUUGUGAUGAACCUAACAUGGCUUCAGACUUUUACAGUGACUCAGCCUGACAGAAUCAAAUCAGAACAAUCAGGGAGACUAUAUAUAUUUAUAUAUAUAUAUAACUGUUUCUUUUAUAAGUAAAGACACAAAAGGCAAUCGAGAAAUGACCAACAUGUAAAAAUGGUUUCUCACAGGUAAUUAUAUAAAAGGCCAAGAUGUUU